AUGGCCCUCAGCGAUGCAGGCAUACAAAAACAGAUUAAGCACAUGAUGGCUUUCAUUGAACAAGAAGCCAAUGAGAAGGCAGAAGAAAUAGAUGCAAAGGCAGAGGAAGAAUUCAACAUUGAGAAAGGCCGUCUUGUGCAAACCCAAAGACUGAAGAUUAUGGAAUAUUAUGAGAAGAAAGAAAAGCAGAUUGAGCAGCAGAAGAAAAUUCAAAUGUCUAAUUUGAUGAAUCAAGCAAGACUGAAAGUCCUCAGAGCAAGAGAUGACCUUAUCACAGACCUACUAAAUGAAGCGAAACAGAGACUCAGUGAGGUGGUAAAAGAUAUAACCAGAUACCAAGUGCUGCUGGAUGGACUGGUCCUCCAGGGUUUGUACCAGUUGCUGGAGCCCCAAAUGAUUGUUUGUUGCAGGAAACAGGAUUUCCCUCUAGUAAAGGCUGCUGUUCAAAAAGCAAUCCCUAUGUACAAAAUUGCCACCAAAAAAGAUGUUGAUGUCCAAAUUGAUCAGGAGACCUACUUGUCUGAGGACAUAGCUGGUGGUGUUGAGAUCUAUAAUGGAGAUCGUAAAAUAAAGGUUUCCAACACCCUUGAAAGCCAGCUGGAUCUCAUAGCCCAGCAGAUGAUGCCAGAAGUACGGGGAGCUUUGUUUGGUCCUAAUGCCAACAGGAAGUUUUUUGUCUGUAUCCAUCAGCGGAAUACCCUUCUGUACCUAAUGUCCUUGCCUAACUACUAUCAGUAG